UGGUAGAGUUAGUGUUCUUGUUUGUUUGAAUUUGUUUACUGUUUAAUGAUUUCAUACGCUUUCAUGGCCAUCUGGAUUAUUUUUCGGUAACAGAAUACAAUUUUUUUAAUUAAGCAUGAAUGCGGCAUUCUUGCAUUUUGCGGAAGCUAGCAGCUACUCCACAUAGCCGACAAUCUGAGGCCACCCGCUUCCCGGCCACGUUUUAUUCAUCGGGUUGUUUUGGGCAAGCUUAUAAACGAGCGCGUCUCUGUGUCACGACAUACAGCUCAAUAGUUGUUCUGAGUGCACAUUCGUUUGUGCAUGCUGUGAAAGUGGUUAUAAACCUAAAUUUCCCGGUUGAACCAUUGUCACCUCCGGAAGGAGAUGGAUCGGAAGCUUUGUAACUAGCACAUCGGCUAACCACAUAGCAAAAAUGUCACCGUAGUUAGCUUGUAGUUUAGUUAGUGGUACCAGGUCCACUGACUGUGCUUAUGAGGACUGCCCAUAUGUCUGUUAAUUAUACAUCGUAAUUAUUGCUAAAUUUAAAUGUAUUCAGUUUGAAGACUUUUAAUCUCGUAUUGCGAUAAUGCCGUACUAUUUAGCUAUGUUGCAAGCCACGACAGCUACCGAGCCAUUGUUGGUUACAGCAGUAGAUCGUUAGCUAGCUAGUAACAUUACCGAAAAUGAGCAAUUUCCAUGAAAUGAUAUACAAAUAUAAACAUCUAUAAUCCAGUACAUUGUGUCGUAUAUAAUAUCUCACUGUAUAAAAAGAUAGACCACUGAAUGGUUAACUAGCUUGCAUGAACGUCUAAUAUUGCUAGCCAGUCUAGCUUACAAUGUUGCAGUUUGUAGUAGGCCGAAGUCGAAGAUCUCGUCCGGCUAGCGCGCUAACCACCAUUUCGCUUUCGCGACUUGUGUGUAGCCAAGUUCCCAAGUUCAACUAGAGUCAAUUUUGUCUUCGUAAUUGGUGAGAUUUCGGUGUUGCUAUUCAGACUGGCAAUCUAGCUAGAAAACCUAGCGAAACACUGUUUGUAUUUAUGUUCAACAAAACAACAUAAGCGCAAGUUCGUUGCUGUCUGCAGUGGUACGAGAGUGGACAUCUGGUCUCUGUAAUCGGGCCUUCUGCGCUAUCCAGACCAAACGUCGAGACCCCAAGGCCAGGUUACCUCAGUUACACUGUCGCGAUUAAAAACAAGUUAGUUUAAGACCACCUUCAUACUAGUUCUUUUUUUGCUGUAGUAUCGAGAGUAACGUUAUUUUAUCAGCAAGCGAAUGCUGACUGGCUACAUUGUCAACUAUCUCAAAGCGAGUGAAGUUGUGUAGUGUGGUUUCAUAUGUAACAUGCUAGAAACUUCACCCUUGGGUCUCCGUGUUAUCAGCUGCUGUGCGCGUGUAGAUGACUUGAAUGAAGCUAUACAGCGAGACGGCAAAUAACUGCCAAAGUUAUUGCAGUUACCUUUUUUCAGUGUACCUUUUUAAACUGUUUUAGACAACACUUUUUCAGGGAAUUAAUCUGAGUUCUUUUAAUUUACCGUUGAUCUUAAUUUGCAUAAUUGCUCAAUCUAAUUUAAGUGUAAUUCUAACGGUCGUGCUGGGCGUCUCCUGUUGGAAUGUGCAGUAAUAUGAUAUUAGCAUAUGAAGUAAUAUGCAUUCUUGCAUAUUGUUGCACUUCCGCAUUUGUUUAGAUGCUAAUACAUUAGUAUUAAUAGAUGAUUGCAUUUAAACUAUAAAACCUAUAAAAUCUGUACCACCAACCCAGGGGCCAGUGCUGCUGUAUAUGACCUUCAAACGCAUCCAGAAGAGGGUUGUGUUAACCUGCACAAAACUAAGAACCCAAAUCUCUCCUAUAUAAGGAAUAGGUGUACCCGUACCCAGGCGCGAUGGACAAGAGCAACACGGUGAAGCUCUUUGUGGGGAACCUGGCGCAGGACACGUCGCAGGAGGAGCUGUCGGCCAUCUUCGAGCCGUACGGUGCGGUGGUGAGCUGCAGCGUGCUGCGGCAGUUCGCCUUCGUCCACCUGCAGGGCGAGGGGGCGGCGGCCCGCGCCAUCAAGGAGCUCAACGGCCGCGAGUUCCGCGGCCGCAACCUGGUGGUGGAGGAGUCGCGCGGGCGGCCACUCCACUCCACCAAGGUGUUUGUGGGAAACCUCAGCGCCAUGUGCACCGCUGAGGACCUCCAGGAGCUCUUCCAGACUUUCGGCAAAGUGCUGGAGUGCGACAAGGUGAAAGCCAGGCUCUCCUCCGCCGCGGGCUACGCUUUCGUGCACAUGGAGAACAAGGAGGACGCGCUGCAGGCCAUCGAGGCCCUCCACGGCACCUCCUUCAAGGGGCGCCCGCUCUCCGUGGAGCUGUCCAAGGUGCAGCCCAGCAAGCAGUCCUCCAGCAAGAGCUCGUGCGGCACCUGCGGGAAGCAGGGCCACCACUCGGGGGAGUGCCCGCGCAGCAAGCCCACGCUGGAGCAGUACCAGAGCCAGGCGGCCGUGCUGGCGGCAGCCGCCGCCGCCGCCGCAGGGCUCCCCCUGCAGGUGCAGCAGAGCGUGCACAACUCCGUCUACAACACCUCCACCUUCGACCCCACCUACGCCGCCCUGACGGGGCUCAGCGCCGCCAACGGGGGCGAGGGCACCCCCGUCAGCCCGGCCGUCUACGGGGCGCUCGCCAGCCAGGUGUACGGCACGGUGGCCAACCAGCUGUACGGCACGGUGGCCAACCAGGCGCUGACGUCCGGCGCCACCCAGGUGUACAGCUCCCUGACGGCGCCCAUGUACAACACGCAGGUGUACGCGCCGGCAGUGGCCAGCCCCGUGUACCUGAGCACCCCGGCCGGACAGGCCGCCGCCGCCGCCGCCGCCAACCCGGUGACGAGCGUGGCGCCCGCCCUGCACGUGGCCAGCCCGGCCUAUGGCACCGACCCCACGGCCCAGGCCAUCUUCGAGGCGGCGCGGGCGCACUACUUUGCGCAGGGCCAGCGCGUCCUGGCCGAGCAGAAGGCCGUGACCAAGUCGGAAAGGGACCGCAGCCCGCUCCGGCGCUCCGGCCCCCUGCUGCCCGACCCCAUCCCCAAGCCCCUCCUCCCACAGCGGCCCAAACGCAGGGCCCUCCUCCCGACCCCGCCUCCCCGGGCCGACGAGACUCCGACAGCCGAGGAGGACGCCACUGCAAGGUGCUAUGCUGAAUACUACCAGCAGUACCAGCAGUACCAGCAGUAUCAGCAGUACCAGCAGUACCAGCAAUACCAGUAUGCCUACCCAUCAGCCCCUGGGAUGCCCACGAUGGCUGCCCACUCAGCGGAGGCCCUCCCCACAGCAUACGAGCCACCUCUCCCACCUUAGCCCACAAAGUACUCUCACCCCCCCCCCCCACCUCCUCGUCCACCGC